AGCUAUAUCGCUCUGUUGAGUUCCGCCGUCUUUGUGCAGUCGAGGAAGCCACGAUGGCCACCACCAUGAAGGGACAUGUAGCUGUUGAAGACGUGAAUGUCACCUUUGAAGACCAACAGAAGAUCAAUAAAUUCGCCAGGAACACGAGCCGGAUGACCGAGCUGAAGAAUGAAAUCGAGUCGAAGAAAAAAUCGCUGCAGAACUUACAGGAUGCCAGCGAUGACCUUAUGAUGUUCGAUGACGACGCUCUAUUGAUCCCUUAUCAAAUUGGCGACGUCUUCAUCAGUCACACCCAGGAAGAAACACAAGAGAUGCUGGAGGCUGCAAAGGAAGCACUGGAGCAGGAGGUCAAAGCCCUUGAGGAGCGUGUGUCAGCGAUACAGCAAGUGUUGGGGGAUCUAAAGGUCCAGCUCUAUGCCAAGUUCGGUAACAACAUUAACCUGGAGGCAGAUGAAAGCUGAGCAGUGAAAUGGACAUUGACAGCUGCCCCAACGUGGACUUUCUCAUGCAGCUCUCGCGUCAGUUCCACAGAGCAUUUGCCAAACAAAACAUCAAGUAGAACUCGGCAUGAACAGCUUAGAUUAGUAGCUUCUAGGUUUUGUUUACACGCAUGAUGUAUGCGUCUUCACUUUAGGUUUGGCAAACAAAUUCACAUGGACGACAAAAGGUAAAGAUGUGGAGAUAAAAUAAAUGCACAUCAUUUCUAAUGUAUUUUAAUUGGUCCCUUAUUUAAUGCUCGUGUUUAUUUUACUCCGUUGAUCAAACUGAAGUGAAAAAAGAGGAACAAAGCAGCUGUGUAUUAUUUUACUAGAAAGUUUUGCAUUUUUGUGAAUUCUCUGUUUGACUACCCUAAAGGUAGGACAAAAUUAACAAAAUGUCUCUUUGACACAUUAGUGUACUCUGCUGUCUCUGCAUUAAUGAAUGAAAAGUGAAGUCCUUAAAAGUGUUCAAGUUUUGUGGUGUUGCCACGUCAAAUUAAGUCCAUUAAAUUAGUACCACCUGUUA